AUGUCAUCUGUAAUUCCCACCACAACAACAAGAGAAAGCCACAAGAGCACUCAAUUGGCAUCGAAAUGGGAUAAUAGUGACUUUAAAUCCAAUAUUGACACAACUCUCACUCCCACAUUUAAUACAACAACUACUUCACCACCAUUACCAGUAGAAACAUCAGCCACAACCUCAUCAACAACAACUACAGCAACAAAGUCACCUGAUGCAGUUGCCCAUUUAGUCUCGGGCGGGAUUGCUGGGUUGGUUUCUGCUGUGACAUUGCAGCCAUUUGACUUGUUGAAAACUCGUUUGCAACAACAGCAACAAACGACUAAACAUGAAGUGAGAACCUCACUUUCAAAAGAGUUGAAGAAACUCACCAAAAUCAAGGAUCUAUGGCGUGGUACAUUACCUUCAACACUACGCACGUCAAUAGGCGCUGGGUUAUAUUUUACCAUCUUGUCCAAGAUGAGAUCUGGAUGGGCAGCAUACAGAUUGCAACAUGGUACACACGGAGAAAAUGACCAGAGUUUCAAGUCGUCGUCGUCAGCGUUGCCCAAACUCACACCUAUGGAGAAUUUGACAACAGGGUUUGUUGCUAGGGCCAUCGUGGGUUACAUCACUAUGCCUAUUACUAUUAUAAAGACGAGGUUUGAAAGCAACUUGUACAAUUACAACUCAAUGUACGAAGGUAUUCUGGGUAUCUACUUGGAUGAUAAAAAGGGUGGAAGAGGAGUGCAAUCACCAUUGGCGGCAGCAGCAACAAGCGAUGGUAUUGGAGCAGGAGCAGCAGCAACAACAACAACAGCUGAGGCAUCAAGAACAGGAACAGGAUCUAUGAUCCUGCCGCGGCACGGCUCAAUCAAGAAUUUCUUUCGAGGAUCCACUGCAACUUUGGCUCGGGAUUGUCCAUAUGCAGGUCUCUAUGUCCUUUCGUAUGAGCUGUUCAAAAAUGAUAUAUUACCAAUGUUUAUCCUGAAGAGGAUUGGCGGAGACCACCACGCAAGUAUAAUCAAUUCGACUGCGGCAGUUUUGGCAGCAACAACAUGCACUACCAUUACAGCACCAUUUGACGCUAUCAAAACGCGGUUGCAAUUGACCAAUGGUACUUCGAUGUGGGGAACAUUCAAGACAUUGAUUAAUGAAAGCGGAGGACUGAGGAACUUGUUCAGAGGGUUGAGUUUGAGAUUGGGCAGAAAAGGUGUCAGUGCCGGAAUCAGUUGGUGUAUUUACGAAGAGUUGAUCAAAAGUAAGAUGGUAAAAGACUGGUUUGCAUAG